CAUACCCCACUUCCUGCAUUCCCUGGUAACGCUAAUCUGUCUUGAUGGAUUCAUCUAUUUUAGUUAUGUCAUCAAAGUGGGGCCAUUCAACAUUUGUCCUUUUGUAUUUGUCUUCCUUUAUUUAACAAAAUGUUUUUAAGGUUCAUCCACGUGGUAGCACGCAUCAGAGCUUCAUUUGUUUCUAUAACCGAGUAAUAUUCUACUCUCCACCUGUCAGUUUGUCCUACUGUGGAGGCUCGUGUGAAACUGUGAUGCUAGACAAGCUGUGCCACCGGUAUUUCAGGGACUAGCAGGAUCACAUACGGUGGACAGGUUUCAUCAGAGCUUCCAGACUAAGACAGACUAGAAGGAAAGGCCUGGCAAACUACUCCUGAAAAUUAAACACUAAAAACUUUAUGGAUCACAGCAGAACAUUGAUAUAGAGCUAGAAGACAAACCCCCUAGGUUGGAAGACACUGAAAGUACGCAGUGGCUGCAACAGUGGGUUCGAGCAUACCAAUGAUCGGGAAGAUGACACAGGCCUAGGCAAUGUUUCUUCCUGUUGUGCAUGUGGUUGGAGCCCACUCCAGGCAAGUAAUAACAACAACAUUCCAUUGUGUGUAUGUGCCAUGUGUCGUUGAUCCAUUCCUCUGUUGGUGGACAGUUGGGUUGUUACAUUCUAUUUCUGAGGCAUUGAAAUGGUAUUUAUAAGAGACAAGGCAAUGGGCUAGUUAAGUCAAAUCAGUGAAAAACUGUUCAUUGGAGAGUGUUACCCAAUGAGUGGAUUUUCCCCGUUCAGCAAUCGAUAUGGUGUCAGGCCUGCACAGUUAGGGCCUGGGGUGGGGUUCCUGAGUCAGUUUGUUCUUGAUGAUGCCACUCCAUUUCCCUGACUUCACUGUUUUCAAAAUAUUUUAGUCAGAUCCCUGAGAUUAGCACUCCAGCUUUGUGCUAGUAGAAUAGCUAGAAGCGAUUUGGCUCUAAAAUCAUGCCAGUGAAGUUUUUGUCACCAUUUAGAUAAAGAACAAGGAGAAAGGUUGCAGCCACCCACCCAGAAAGCUUAUUUCUGACCUGGUGCACGGGGUCAGGCCAACAUGGACAUAUAUGUUUGCCCAGCCCAGCCUGCCCAUUUCAAGCUGUGGGACUAAGCGCAGGUGACCUCCUCCCCUUCAGCCUCAGUUUCCCCUGUGAUAUUCGGAAGGCAGAUAUGCUGUGAGGACAUGUGCCCACGUUUGGUGCAUUGAAUUAGUGUGGUGUGGCUGAGAAGGGAUGGCAGAGAUCGCAGAAUCGGAGACUUCUUAGGCAGGAUACCUCCUGUUCUUCCAGAUGCACUGUUUGGCUUCGUUCCACACACCUUCGUUUGUCCUGUUGAAGUCUUGAUAGAAUUCAAGCCUGUGCCUUGUUAAGAGCAAGCAGAACAGAAAGAGUUUGAAAAGGGUUGAAAAGCAAAGGAUCUAAAAGAUCUCUUGUAUCAAAAUCAGCUGCCUUCCGAUGGACGAAGCCCAGAAGACCUUUUCCUGAGGCAGACCCUGGGGAUCUGUUCCGAGGUUUUCUGUGACACAGAGCCGGAGUAUUUGGGCUUUCCCUGGACUGUACCCAGUUCCACACUAGCAUCUUGUUUGCCAAAGAGAAUGACUUGGAAGCAGGAAGCCUGGCCAGGAAGGCUAAUUCAUUCCCGUGUUCUGAAGAAGAAAAGGGGGAAAAAUGGCAAACCCUUACCUAGCUCAUCUCUCAUGGCUUUUACUUCACUGAGCAACUCUAGUAAUGAACCUAGAGCUGAGUUCCAAACAGGCGGCUCCUGUGCGGGUGAAGUAUGCAUCUUGCAACGAAUUAACUCUGAAACCAUGAGUUGAAAAGAUUUUGCUGCAGCCACAAAACUGCCAACUUAUUAUUUCCUUUCUAAAUUCUUUUAGAUGGGAAAAAACAAUUCUUGCUUUCCAAGAAAUUUUGCUUGUUGGCAAAUGGCUGGUGUUUUAAUUUAGUUUGGAUGAUGAACUCUUUGAUUAAGCUGGGAAAAUGUACAGCGUCAUGCAUCCGACCAGGAGAAUGUUCUCGCUGUCUCACUGGGCCUUACUGUUAUACCAUUAAAGAGACAGAGAGAGAGACCAGACUUUGUGGAAAUACUUUUCCCUUCUGUUCAUAAUUUGUUUAUUUUUCAAAUUGACGUGUAGAGAAAGUGAAUUGCUAGAGUAAAAAGCACAUCUGGAAUCCAUCUGACCUCCCCUCACAGGCUGCCCCCUCCCAGGGGGAAAGAAAGUGAGCCUCACUGACACUGACAUGGGUCCAGCUUGGGGUCAUGCAAGUGGAUCUAAAAGGCAUCUUAUUCCUUCUCAGCAAAAAGAAAAAGCAUUGGUGUUAAAAGGCUUGGAGGUCAGCUUUGGUGACCCUGACUUAAUGAGGGUGAAAUGAAAAUUCUUAGAUACCAGGGUUUUUAUUGAGUAGAACUAAGAGAAGUUCAGAUGUGGGCAGUGUAUCUCAUUAAAUACGAAGUGACUGAAGAUGCAAAUACUAAAGGCCCUUGCAGAGUGGGGUGACAGGGACAGGUUUUCCUGGUUGUCAAGGCAAGAUUGUUUGUUAAACACUGAGCAGUGAGUGCUUUGUGCUAGUGACAACGGUUCGUUUAAAUGGCAGCUCACUGUAGGAAUCUAUAAUUGUUGUAAGACCGCUAGUAAUGAGAAAGAGCAUUUUUAUCCUGGCACUUUUCCUCAUUCCCAUACCUUCUGGAAUGUGCCCCAGCUCUCUGAAUAUGUGCAAAACCAGCCAACACAUAGCCACAUUCACCAACUUGUGGCUUUAUUUUUAAGUGUUCAGGUGGAAAUGAAGCAAUGGCCACACUUUAACAAUGCCAGCGAUAGAAACUUGCAUUUUAAAAUAAAAUACAAUGUAAGGAUUUAUAAUAUUUAAGUCCUGCCCUCUGUUGAUUGACCCCAUUCCUCACACACACAGAUUUUGCAGGACGGGGAGGUCCAGUACUUGUAGCCUCCGCAGGGACCCUUCCUCUUAAAUGCUUAUUCCUAGGGAAGCAUGGCCCAGCACCUCCACAAUGAUAAACCUCCCAACUAUAAGCCGACACAACACUCAGAAGUCAAGGGGACCCCACAGAAAUGCAGGCACGUGUUCAGCAAUAGCAUGGCCUCAACCAGUCCUAGCCAGCACUUGGAAAUUAGUCCAUGUCCGAUGGUGGAGAGCUCACACAGUGGAAGCGAUGAGAAUGAAUUAUCAAUAUCUACAGGCAGCCACAUGCUUGUUUCUCGUGAGCACAAUGUUGAGAGGAGGCCAGAUGCAGCUCUAUACCGUAGGGUUCCAUUAACAAAAAGGUCAGAAACAGGCCAAACUGAUCUAGGGGCUUAGAAGUUGGCAUAGUGGUUGUGCUUGGGGGUGGGGAGGGGGUGGCUAGGAAGGGCACAAGGAGGCCUGCUGGGACCGGGGCCCACCCUUCUUGGUCUGACUUCUGGUGGGUGUUGAGGUUUUGGACUUUGACUGAGCCAUGGGACGAGCUGGCUUCCCAGAUAGCUUCCCUUUGGCCUAGUAUUCAACUCUCAGGAUGGGGCCUACUUUGUAAUUUUGACAAUCCAAAGAAAAUAGGCUUUUAGAUUCCAAAGACAGCUCAGAUACCUUUCAGUUAUGCAAAGGGAGGAGAAUAGCGUUUAACAUGGACGUUCUGAGAAAUAUGCUCCUUGAGCGACGAAUAUCAAAUUAAGGAAAUUAUCAAUCAAAGGUUGAUGGGAAAAGAGGUUCACCCUCAAGUCAUAGUUCUGCUGUGUCUCUGGCAUACCUUAUAUUAUUGUGGUUAUUCUACUGCUAUUAAUUUCUAUUGUUUCCUUGUGUUUUAAUUUGUUCAGUUUUGUAAAAACCCUAUACGUGUCAGGAAAAAGGAGGUGGGGCCUGAAGAGCCAGCUGUCUAUUUGCUCUUCACACUCAAGUACAAGUUCAAGACUCACAAUCUUGAAGAAACUCAGUUUGCCCCCUAUCCAUGCUGCAUGGCAGAAUAAGGUGGGGAGAGCGCUCACGAAAGAUCACACAGUAUAUAAAGUGUUAUAUAUGUUAUGGGGGCCGCCAGGCCCUGAGACACAGAAGACAAACUAAUUUCAAAGGUCCUUGCAGCUUUCAGCAUAGACACACGCGGUCACCAUGCAGAUACUGGAAGCCUCUGUCUCCCAGCUCAGGUUGGAAUUCAAGGACAAAUUCAUGUUUCUCACCUUUUUACUAGUAUAGUAUAUUUUCAUAAUUCAGAUGAUUCUGAUAUUAACUCACUUUUGCCCUCCUCCGUUUCUGAGGCAGAAGUCUUCCGGUGGUAUGCCAAAUGUGCUGGGGCAUUUUAGAUAAAAAACAGGGAGUGAUGGUGUGCUGGAAAGAGGGAGAUGGUCCCACUGACGGCAGGCCAGGCUGCCUCCUGUGGGUGGAAGGCCACUCUCACUGCUGUGCCCCGGGCAAGUCUGAGCCUUAGCUAUUUCCCUCUUCAGCGGGGUAAUGACUUCUGGCCCCAACAUCCUUCUGCCCAGAGAAAAGAAGACACUCUCAGGAAGCUGGCUCUGGGCACCUUUUGUUUUUAACUCUCUGGAGGAGCUGCAGCUAACCAAACCAGUUGUCAGUGAGUCAACCCUGACUCAUGGCCACCCCCACAUGUCAGAGGAGAACUGCACUCUGUAGGGUUUUCAGGGGCUGAUUUUUCAGCAGUAGAUCACCCAGCCUUUCUUCCAAGGCACCUCUGAGUGGAUUUGAAUCCCCAACCUUUCCAUUAGUAGUUGAGCAUUUAGCCAUUAGUACCACUCGCAAAGAGCGUUUAAAUUCUGCCUUUUUUCUGUGUCAUUUCUUCCUUAAAAGGAAACACUAUUGGUGUGAUUUACUGACCUGUGGCUGUGUGAAAUAGCAGAAUGCUCACUGGUUUUAAUGCAACACUGCUGUUAAAAUGGUGAUAAGACAACCAGAGAGGCCUAUGGUCUCCUCAUGCUGGUGUUUUGUCACGGGUGAGGGCCAUGGCAUGGGUAGAAGCACCUACAUGAGUCCUCUGAUGGAGUAUGGCAUCUGAGUGUCUUAGUCAUCUAGUGCUGCUAUAACAGAAAUACCACAAGGGAAAUUUAUUUUCUCACAGUCUAGUAGGCUGGAACUCCAAAUUCAGGGUGUCAGCUCCAGGGGAAAGCUUUCUUUCUUGUUGGCUCUGAAGGAAGGUCCUUCUCGUCAGCAUUCCCCUGGACUGGAACUUUCUCCACUUCUAGUCCAGGUCCAAAGGAUGAGCUUUGUUCCCAGUGCCUCUUUCUUGGUGGUAUGAGGUCCCCCCUCUCUGCUUGCUUUCCUUUCUUCUUAUCUCUUGAAAGAUAAAAGGUAGUGUAGGCCACACCCCAGGGAAACUCUCUUAACGUUGGAUCAAGGAUGUGACCUUUGUAAGGGUGUUGCAAUCCCACACUAAUCCUCUUUAACAUAAAAUUACAAUCACAAAAUGGAGGACAACAGCACAAUACUGGGAAUCAUGGCCUAACCAAGUUGACACAUAUUUUAGUGGGACACAAUUCGAUCCAUGACGCUGAGCAACAUGUGGGCAGUGGGAAUCCACUCACAGAUUAAGAAAUAAAUAGAUCAACAAAUAAUAAAGAACACAAGCAUUGAUUGAGUGCCUGCGAAAGUAGAAGGUGCUAUGAAACAUACUACAGAUGCCAGCGUUGCUGCAAGUAUUAAACAAGAUCACCCAGUAAGUCAUCCUCCGGACUAAAUGGCACAUACUCGUUGCUCAGGGAAUGUCAGCUGCCAUUAUUAUUUCUGGGGUGCCUAGGUAGUGCAAACCGUUAACACACUCAGCUGGUAACUGAAAAGUUGGAGAUUCGAGUCCACCCAGAAGAAAGGCCUGGUCAUCUACAUCCAGAAAAAUCUGCCGUUGAAAACCCUAUGGAGCACAGUACUACCCUGACACACACGGGGUCGCCAUGUAUCAGAGUCAACUCAACCACAACUGUUUUUUUUGUUGUUGUUGUUUUUGUUUUAUUACUUCUACUUGCAAUGAAAAACUAAGUGGUAUGCAGUCUCAGAGAAAAGUCACUGGGCACUGGGCUGAUUCCAGACAGUGUUACUGAGCAGGUGGAAUGACUUGGGCUUUAAAGAUGAUAAAAAAUUAAAUAAAAUUAGAGGAGCAAAAGUGUAAGGGAGCUGCUGGGAAAGAUGCCGAGCAUCUUGACCAUCUGCAGGAGUGUCUGCCGAAAAGGCCAAGCUCUUCUUUGGGCUGGGAGAGGCGGUCCACCUUCUGUCCAGAAAGCAAUAAGAUGCCUCUUGGCUCAGGGUGGGCCACGGCCGGAGGAGGGAGUGUGGGAGCUAGGCUGCCUCUUACGGGUACCCCAGGGGACGGUGUCCCCCUCUAGUCCUUUAAAGGAUGGCACUGAGUUUUUUUCUUUUUUUUAGCCAUUAUUAGCCCCAUCUCAAAACUGAUCUGCUUUUUCCUCUUUGAGGUUAGAAGAGGGCCUUUGCUAAACUAUACAGCUUUCUUCCAGCUGUUGUUUUUAGAUGCCAUCGAGUGGGCGCUGACUUGUAUUGACUUUAUGUAUAACAGAACAAAACAUUGCCUGGUCCUGUGCCAUCUUUAUGAUCAUUGGUAUGUUUGAGCCCGUCGUUGUGGCCGUUGUGUCAAUCCUGCUCACCCCAAACCCGAAAUUAAUCAAUAAGCAAGGUAACUACACCUGGCUUACCAGAUCAUUGGUGGUGAACAGUUUCAUUUUUUUUUCUUUGUCUCCACAUCAAACGUUCUGCUUCUAGGUGUGGCUGGCAUCUGUCUCUCUCCCAGCCCUGUCGCACCUUCCUACAGACUCGAAUGCUCUUUUUAAAUUUACAAUCCCUGAUGGGGACAGAUGACUCAGUCAGCAAGGUAAGCACAGGUUUACUUGUGCUUACUAAUCUGCAGUGACAAUUUCACAUGGGUUUCAAAGAUGUGAAACCCAUGUGAAAUUGCUCACUACAGAUGAUCGGGUACUUUGAUUAUUGGAAAAUUUGCCCCUGCAUCUCACUGAAGGUUUCCAUCAACUUCCCUGGUCUCCUGCUUUACCAAACACGAUGUCCUUCUCCAGCAAUUGGUCUUUACUGGAGACCCAUCCAAAGUACAGAAUUCAAAGUCUCAGUAUUCCGUGAUCCAUAGGGUUUUCACUGGAUAAUUCUUAGAAGUACAUCACACCAUGCCUUUCUUCUUAGUUUUUCAUAGUCUGGAAGCUCUGCUGAAACCUGUUCACCAUGGCCGACCCUGCUGGUCUUUAAAAUACUGGUGGCAUAGCUUCCAGUGUCAUAGCAACACACAAGCCACCACAGUAGGACAACCUGACAGACAGGUGGCGCAGGAACCUAUUUUCAGCAUCGCUACUGGAGUUUGGCAUGUAAUCCUUCCGAAGCCUGAGCUGCAGUCAUUGUUUUUCUUUGAAAAGAUUGCCUUGGAGGAUGUUCCCAGAGCACCCUCUCGUGGAUUUCGGAGGUAAAGUUCUGUGAAUCCCAAGGGAUGGCUGCUAUCUUCAUGCCCCAGGCAAAGCCCUCAUCAGGGAACACAACGCUGCACGAACACUACAACUACGUGGGAAAGCUGGAGGCCAGGCUGAAGGAGGCCACGCAGGGCAGCACGUUCACCACGGCCAUGUUCCUGAUCAUCUGUAGCUUCAUUGUCUUGGAGAACCUGAUGGUUUUGAUCGCCAUCUGGAAAAACAACAAGUUUCACAACCGCAUGUACUUUUUCAUCGGCAACCUGGCUCUCUGCGACUUACUGGCCGGCAUAGCAUAUAAGGUCAACAUUUUGAUGUCAGGCAAGAAAACUCUCACCCUGUCUCCAACGGUCUGGUUUGUAAGGGAAGGCAGUAUGUUUGUGGCUCUCGGGGCCUCCACCUGCAGCUUGUUGGCCAUUGCUAUUGAAAGACACUUGACAAUGAUCAAAAUGAGGCCUUACGACGCCAACAAGAAACACCGUGUCUUCCUCCUGAUCGGAAUGUGCUGGCUCAUUGCCUUCUCCCUGGGUGCCUUACCCAUUCUGGGCUGGAACUGCCUCCACAACCUCUCCGACUGCUCCACCAUCCUGCCUCUCUACUCCAAGAAGUACAUUGCAUUUUGCAUCAGCAUCUUCAUAGCCAUUUUGGUGACGAUCGUGAUCCUCUAUGCACGCAUCUAUUUCCUAGUGAAGUCCAGCAGCCGCAAGGUGACCAACCCCAACAACUCAGAGCGGUCCAUGGCCCUGCUGCGGACAGUGGUGAUUGUGGUGAGCGUGUUCAUCGCCUGCUGGUCCCCUCUCUUCAUCCUCUUCCUCAUCGAUGUGGCCUGCAGGGUGAAGGCAUGUGCCAUCCUGUUCAAGGCCCAGUGGUUCAUCAUGCUGGCCGUGCUCAACUCUGCCAUGAACCCCGUCAUCUACACGCUGGCCAGCAAGGAGAUGCGGCGGGCCUUCUUCCGUCUGGUCUGCAACUGCCUGGUCAGGGGCCGGGGCGCCCGCUCCUCGCCCAUCCAGCCCGCUCUGGAUCCAAGUCGCAGCAAAUCAAGCAGCAGCAACAACAGCAGCCACUCCCCGAAGAUCAAGGAAGACCUUCCCCAGACGCCCCCCCGUGUCACUGACAACAGAACACUAACAAAUGGGAUCCUCUGCAAGUGAGGAUGCUGGCUUUUGGGAGCAAAGGGAGAGUCCACGCAUCGCCCACCAUUAGUUACAGGGAGAGACGGCGCCCCGCUCCGUGACCAUGUUCUUAUUUAUUGCGCGCAUCCUACCCACGGGGUUCUUCCAGAGCUGUGACUCAGGAAGCACAUUGUAUGUGGCCUGACAGCCUGCCCACUGUGGGAGUUGCCCAGGGAGCAGAACCUAAGGAAUUGCCAACCCAUUUCAGUGCAGACAGCGGGUGCACCUAGUCUGCAUCAGGUUCUAGAGCUCUCCAAUUGUAUUAAGCGGCUGACAUUAUCAGCCGCUUGAUACUGAAUCUUCAUCAUUCUGGUUCACACAUGUGCCUCUGGAUGACAUUAGGAUAAUUUUACACUCUGUUUAUUUUGCAGAGAAUGAAUGAGUCUGUAUUCAUAUAUUUCUGUGUUACAGCGCCUUUGUGGUUCACGUGUUUGCCAUAUGGCCCCUACAUGAUGUUGCAAUAGACCAAGCAGCUAUAUAGCAGGUUAUGUACGUGUGUUCUGAUUGCGUGAACAGCUGAAAGGAUACAGUUGUGAAUUGAGUGGACAUGCUGUUCUUAGUCUCCUCACACUGAUAUGAAGUCUAAGGUUAUGCAAGAUUUUAAGGUCUAAGUUCCCAAAAGAUUUUGUCCAAGGCUGGUCCCAGGUAUGCGGAUCUGACUUUGCCUCUGUUGGAGGACCCUGGUGAAUAUGAGCUGGGUCUGUGGGCCUAGGUCCUCUCACAGCUGGGUCCAGCACUGUCAUCAGUCACAUGUCCCUGACAUAGUUUUAAAGCAGAUCAAAAAGCCAAAUUAUGUGAUUAUUUGGGGGUUUCUCCAAAUCAGAGAAAAGCCAGCCAAGAUCUUCUAGGAGCCCUGUGCUACCAGGCCACCCAAGGAACAAACCAUGAGGGUAACGAAGGAAAGAACCACGAGAGUAACCAAGGAAAGAACCAUUAGAGUAGCUAAGGAAGAAACCACAAGGGUAAAGCAAUGAGACAAACCACGGGCCUGUUCAACAUUUCCAAGUCGCCAGGUAGUAGUUUAUCUAAUGUAAUGAAGAGUUUUUGAUUCUAUAUUGGAAAAGCACCAAGUCAGUAACAUCUACCAUGUCGUCUCAACUGAGUAACUGGCACCGUAAGCAAAGUUUCACAGCUUCCUGAAAGUUGACACUGAGAAUAAGUAGUACUGACAGUAGUUUAUCAGGCCAGAAAACAUGAUCUGGCACUUUUUGCCUUCUUCAAAAAGGUGUGUUUUAAUACUAGGUACAUGACACUAAUUUUGUAUUCCAACAUAGGUUGAAUCUAUGUCACUCUGCUUACUUUAUGAAGGGAUUACUCAGAAGGCAUUUAUGUACAUAUUAUUUCCCAAGGAUUCUACAUGUAAGCCAAAUAUGUGGAAAGAAAAAUACCCAUGUUUGUAGAGCUACCAUAAGCAUAUGUUGAUGUUUUCAGUUCUUUGUUAAAAAAAAAAGAAAAGAAAAAGACCUUCAGAAGGAGACUUACUUGUGUAAACCACUCUUCAGAGCCUCUUUACGUUUAGGUUCAGUGGGAAUUACGCCUGCAUGAAGACCCAAAGAGUGGUCUUCAUAAGUUCGUCACUUUUUCCAAGAGAAAUUGACACCUGUUGUCAGACUCAGGUGGCUCUUACCGAGAAACAUUUUUGUAGGUGCUAGGUAGUAUUUGUUUGUUUUUAGGUAGUAUCCACGUACUGACCAAAGACCUUCUUCAUUUUUGUCACUGUUAAGAUCUUUUUGUAAGGAGAUGAUCAUAGGUGGCCUUUUUUGCUGUCUUUUAACAUCACUAAGAAGUAGCUUGCUCUCUAAUCAAAUAGCCUGAGGAUACUGAUGGGAUUUCUAGAAAGCAAAGCAUUAGGGUACUAAGUUAAGAAAACAGAAAACAAUCAAAUGCAUUAAAGAGACAAAGUGUUUGGUAUUGUAUUUUCACUUAGGGAAUGAAAUGAAUUUAGAACUUUAUUUAUACCAUAAUUUUGACUUGCUUUGGGGCCCUGGAUCUCUCUUGAGCUAAUAUUACUAACACUUUGCAUCAUAACCCUGUCUUCCCUGAUACCUAAGCAUCUCAGCUUUCAUCCAUUGACCCUUCCAGGAAGCCCACAACUACCAUUCCCAUUAGGAGGUAUCAACAUUCAUGGUAUCAUGUAGACUCCUUUGAGAUAACCCAAAACUUUUAAGCCACUUGAAAUAAAAGUACAGCAAAAAGUAAUGGUGUUAGUUUGAUGUAUUCAAAAAUUAAAAAAUCAACCUUGAUCCCAGUAUGUACAUUCAUCACAGCUAGCCUGAGAUGACUGAGAAAUUGAGUGUUUCAAGGCCAUAACCCUCAAGUUUGGCAAGAGGCAAUCUUAUCCACCACAGAGAAGCUGUGCAUUAAAUCUCAUUUCAGUUAGUAACCUUUACUAUGUCCGGUGUGCGUUUGUUAAAAAAAUUAAGCAAAAACCUUCAUACAAAUCCAUUCUUGGGAGUCCAUAUUGUAGGGUUGUUACCCAUGGGGCCACCACUUGGGUUGUGGAAUGCAGCAACCUCGCUUCUCAACUGGUGCCAGUGCUUCUUAGUAUUUCAGAAUCUGAACCACUAGGAGAACCUCAAAUAUCCGUUUUCUUCCUAUAUGCCCCCACUACCAUAGAUGAUAUAUUUAGUGAAGCAUCACUGGCUUGGGGACAUUAUAUUUCAAGGAAGGUCAAUGGAUUGCCCUUUGAAUAGGGAGAAAAUCCUGAGAGUCACGGCAAUAAAAGUACAGAUAAAAGAGAGGGAA